AUGGAAAUUGAUGUGCAAUAUCUAAUUCGUGCUCUAAAAUAUUUCACAAAAAAUGAUGAUGCAGAGCUGUACGAAAAAGACGUUAAAAUAAUUUUUAAUAAAAUUCUCUCACAAGAUAUGAGUCAUGAAGGUGUAAAAGAGUUGAUAAAAAAUAUAAAAGCAGAUAUACAAUGGCAUAAGCCUAAUUAUGUUGAAAAUUUUAUUUUAACAUCCUCCAUUUUACAUAUACUCAUAAAUAAGCAAUUAAGAAAGCAUGAUUUGGGUACAAUUUUUAAGGAUUUAUUUAGUAUACUUCAGACGAAUGGAGAAAUAGAUAAAAAUAAUUUAAAAAGGUUUUUAAGUUUAUGUGACAACAGAAUUUUGGAGGAUUCGUCUAUGAGCCUAAGUAAAUUUAAUUUCGACAUAGCCAACUUAAACAAACCAGUUGAUUACACCGCGUUCCUAAACUUGAUGGAGAAAUAUUUAAAAAUACAGUAA